UCGGGCUGCUGAAGGGAUGCUGUGAGCUUCAGGAGAUGUGGCCAGAGGGGGGAAUGUUUCCUGGAGGCCGAGGUACUGGCAGCUCUGUGGAAAGGCAAGAGCUGAUUCACUGAGGACGUGAAGCACUGGCAGAGGUUUGGGCACUGCAGAGUCACUGGAACAGCUGAGCACUGGACACGCAGGACAGAUCCCACAGAAGAUCAUCGAUGCCAUUGGUCCCUUCUGCAGCUGAGGCCGAGGUGGGAGCAUCUCCAACAGCUUGCCAUGCCAAACAGCAGCGUGGUGCUGAGCAGCCUGGACGGGGUUUACAUCGGUGCCGAGUGCUUGGUCGCUUUGUUUGCCACUUUGGGGAACAUCCUGGUGGUCUGGGCAGUGAAGCUGAACGCGACGUUCCAGAACACAACGCUGUACUUCCUGGUGUCCCUGGCACUGGCUGACAUGGCCGUGGGGCUCCUGGUCAUGCCCUUGGCCAUCGUGGUGAGCCUGGGCAUCCGCGUCCGCUCCUACGCCUGCCUGUUCAUGUGCUGCCUGAUGGUGGUGUUCACCAACGCCUCCACCCUCUCCCUCCUGGCCAUCGCCAUCGACCGCUACCUGCGAGUGAAGCUGCCCAUCAGGUACAAGAUAAUCACUACAGAGAGAAGAGUCUGGUGGGCACUGGGUUUGUGCUGGUCUGUGUCCCUGCUGUUAGGAUUAGUCCCCAUGUUUGGAUGGAACAAGGCAGAAGGAAUAAGCUCUGACUUGCCCAGGUGUCGAUUUACCUCUGUGAUGAGGAUGGACUACAUGGUGUAUUUUGGCUUCUUCACAUGUACCCUUGUCCCCCUGCUCAUCAUGAGUGCCCUGUACAUCGAGGUCUUUUACAUCAUCCGGAAGAAGCUCAACCAAGGGGCAGCUGGUGUGAGAGGGGCACGAGGGUUUUAUGGACAGGAGUUCAAGGCAGCCAAAUCUCUAGCACUUGUUCUCUUUCUCUUUGCCAUAUCCUGGUUGCCUCUGUGCAUUAUAAACUGCAUUUACUAUUUUUGCCCUGACUGUCAGAUCCCCCCCUACCUGAUGUACUUGGGAAUCCUGUUAUCCCACGUCAAUUCUGCCAUGAACCCCAUUGUCUAUGCGUGCAAGAUAAAGAAGUUCAAGAACACCUACCUUUUCAUUUUAAGGACCUACAUCCUGUGCAAGAAACCAGACCCAGUCCUUAGAGGGCAAACUACAGACCAAAGAUCAUACUUAAAGGACAAAUGUUGACCUGCCAGUACAUAGCAGACCACUGAUGAACCACUUUCCUUAGUUAAGAAACUCAUGGAAAAGAAAUGUUCUGUUUCAGCUACUUUCUCUCUUCUUGCACAAACUGCUUUAUGAUAAGGGGAAUUAUGAGAAGGGGAAGCUCCUCUUACUCAACCUCAGGCACAUUUGACAUUAAGCUCAAAAGGAUCUUACGAUCUUCUGCAUUAUUGUACCCCAGAGCAUUCUGCUUAGUGGUUGCUGUACCAAGCCCAGAUCUUCCAGGCAAGCAUCUUCAUUUAACAGGACCUUCCAAUUUUAUUAAUGGCCUUGAGCAUUACUUGGUAGAGCAGCACCCCAAAGCACAGGUAACAAGGCAGACUUUUUUGUUUCUACACAGCCAGAUGUGCCCUUUCUUUUUUGUGUGUCCAGUAGCACCUGCACAACAAAACUGCAGCAUCUCCUGCAACACCCACCUGCAGAUGAACAACUGCACUAUCCAACCUCCCUCAUCUGCUGCAUCUCUGUAAACCUGAAGCACAGCCACACUUUGUAGCAACCUGUUACAGAUCUGAAGACUGCUCUAAAGGUGUCUGUAAUGAUGUGGAGAGGUUUGUCUUUGUACUAAAUAAUUUCAAAAUACAGAAGAGAUACUUAAGGCAAA